AAACUACGACACGUUAGCAACUAUGCUUCGUGCGACAUCCUCUAUGCUAGUGCCGACCGCCCGUGCCAUGCCUGGCGUGGCUCAGCUUGCCGCAGCUGGUGGUGGUGUGGUGGCCGGCUGGCGUGGCCUCUCAUCGUCUGUCUUUGCGGCUGAUAAGGCUGGCGCGGUGGCGAAGAAGCAGACACUCGAGGUGAGCGUGGAGAACGGCGUGGCUGUUCUCACCCUCGACAUGCCUGGCUCGAAGAAGAACGUGCUCAACGAUGCGCUCAUGGGCGAGUUCACCUCGGCCCUCCGCAAAAUUAAGUCGGACCCUGCUGUCAAGGCUGCGGUGGUCAUUUCGGGCAAGCCCGGGACCUUUAUCGCCGGCGCCGACAUCAACAUGCUUGCGGCGGCCGAGACGGCGGCCGAAGUGGAGGCCAAGGCCAAGGGCGGGCAGGAGGCGCUGGACAUGCUGGCGACGCUCGGCAAGCCGACCGUGGCCGCCAUCCACGGUGAGGCGCUCGGCGGCGGCCUCGAGGUCGCCCUCGCCUGCGACUACCGCAUGAUCACCGACUCGCCGCGGACGGUUCUCGGCCUGCCCGAGGUCAUGCUCGGCCUACUGCCGGGCGCCGGCGGAACGCAGCGUCUGCCGCGUCUGGUCGGCCUCAUCGAGGCUGUGACCAUGAUGACGACGGGGGCCAACGUCCGCCCGUCCAAGGCCAAGCGCAUCGGUCUCGCCGACGCCGUGGUCAAGGCGCUCGGCGACGGUGUUGCCGACGCCGAGACCAACACGCUCAACUACCUGCGCAAGGUCGCCGUCGACCGCGCCGCGGCACUUGCCGACGGCUCGGCCCGCAUCCCUCGCGCGAGCCGAAGCUCCUCUCGACCCGCGGCAUCACCCAGCUGCUCACCGAGAAGUUUGCGCCCGGCCGCAACUUUGUGCUCGACAAGGCGCGCGAGAAGAUCAUGAAGCUGACGCAGGGCAACUAUCCGGCGCCGCUUGCCAUUCUCGAGACGGUCAAGGCCGGGCUCGAGGAGGGCAUGGUCCGUGGCCUCGCCAAGGAGGCCUCCGAGUUUGGCCGCCUCUCGCAGACCUUCCAGUCCAAGGGCCUUGUCUCGCUCUUCUUUGCCCAGCAGCACUGCAAGAAGAACCGGUUCGGCACGCCCGACGCGCCCAUCAACAACGUCGCCGUCCUCGGCGCCGGCCUCAUGGGCGCCGGUGUGGCUCAGGUCUCGGCCGUCAAGGGCAUGAACGUCAUCCUCAAGGACGCGUCCGAGCAGGGCCUUGCCAACGGCAUGGCCCAGAUCCAGGGCAACCUCGACAAGCGGGUCAAGAAAAAGGCGACCACAUCGCUUGAGGCCAACCGGGCUGUGGCCCGCGUCACGCCGCAGCUCGACUACGCGGGCUUUGACAACACCGACCUCGUCAUCGAGGCCGUCUUUGAGGACCUCGAUCUCAAGAAGAAGAUCGUCAAGGAGACCGAGGCUUCGCUCAAGAAGGGUGCCAUCUUUGCCUCGAACACCUCGGCGCUGCCCAUCAAGGACAUUGCCACCGCCUCGCGCGACCCGUCCAAGGUCAUCGGCAUGCACUACUUCUCGCCCGUCGACAAGAUGCAGCUCCUCGAGAUCAUCACCACCGACAAGACUUCGGACGCCACCGCCGCCGCCGCCGUCGACGUCGGCCUCCGCCAGGGCAAGACCGUCAUCGCCGUCGGCGACGGCCCAGGCUUCUACACCACCCGCAUCCUCGCGCCCAUGCUCGCCGAGGCCAUCGCCCUCCUCAUGCGCGGCGUUGAGUUCAAGAAGCUCGACACCGCGUCCAAGAAGAUGGGCUUCCCCGUCGGCGCUGUCACCCUUGCCGACGAGGUCGGCCUCGACGUCGGCAUGCACGUCUCGGACUCGCUCUCCAAGGCUUUCCCCACGCGGGUCGGCGGCCCGCACGCCGACGCCGGCGUUGCCGCCCUCAAGGCCAUGGUCGACGCCAAGUACCUCGGCCGCAAGGCCGGCAAGGGCUGCUUCAUCUACGAGGGCGGCAAGUCCAAGUCGCGCGCCGUCAACGACGCCGCCGUCAAGAUCUUCACCUCGGCCAAGCCCGCCGGUCUCUCCACCAUGUCCAAGGACGUCUCCGACGAGGACCUUGGUCUCCGCCUUGUUGCCCGCUUUGUCAAUGAGGCCGUUCACUGCCUCGACGAGGGCAUCCUCCACUCGGCCACCGAUGGCGACGUCGGUGCCGUCUUUGGCCUCGGCUUCCCGCCCUUCUACGGCGGCCCGUUCCGUUUUGUCGACGUCUUUGGCGCCGACAACCUUGUCGAGCUCAUGGCUCGUUUCAAGGACGAGGACGGCGGUGCCGAGCACUGGGACCCUUCGCCGGUGCUCCUCGACAUGGCCAAGUCGGGCAAGAAGUUCCACAACUAAUGUCUUUGCCCAUGCAAGUCGAUACCUGUAACACGCACCUCCUCUCGUUU